CUUUUCCUAGUUUUAUAUUCUCCAUGGAGAUAGAUCCGCCCUUGUCGGAACAUUGUUUGACCGUUUCUCUACUUUCUUGCCAUUCCCACUAUCGGUAUCAACUAUUGAAAAUUGCGCAAAAAUGCGGCAAAAUUGAAAAGUUCGACAUGCUGUUCCAUCGAUCCGGGCCCAUGGCCGGAUAUCCCCGCGGGUAUGCCUUCGUGACUUACGAAAGGCAAAAGGAUUCGGAAGCGGCCCUGGAAGUGCUCAAUGGCAGACGGGUCGGAGACAAACACAUGGUAGUUCGGUGGGCCAAAAACGUCAAUCGGGACGAGAUGGAGAAGACCAAACCGAAGCUGCAGAUUCCGGCGCUGGCCGGAGGUUCCAAAGCCGGCCCCAGUGGACCGAUGAGUCAGCAAACCAAGAUUCAAGCCUUGGAAGCGAAGCUGAAGAUGAUGGAGAGCCGGUCGGAUGAUUUGAUUAUUAACAAAUCGACCACGGUGGAGCGACCCAUUAUCGAGAAGUAUCAGUAUAACAAAAACCAGCCGCAGCAGCAGCGGCCGGAUUCUUCCAAAAUGAAGCGCAACAUGACGCGAGGCGGGGCCGGCGGAAGAAGCGGUCCGUACAAGUCGAGUAGGUUUAAGUGAGGCGAAGACCGGGAGAGUCGUAAGUAGAUAGCAAAAACUGUGUCGGAGAUUUCUUUCGCUCCCAUCUCGUAGUUCUUAGACAAAAUGUUCCGUUUCUUACUCAUUACUUUUAGAAUAUUUAAUGAAAAUUAUACUUAGACAACGAUCUAAAACUACAA